AUGUAUACAUCUCACGACCACCCAUUCACAGAGAACAUCAUCGAGGUACCAUUGCUCGAUAAGUAUAAGCCGCCACCAAUUCUACUAUAUGAUGGAAGGAGUGAUCCAGACGACCACUUGGAAGUCUACAUGGGGCAUAUGGUCCUACAUGGAUACCCCGAGGAGGUCAUGUGCCGGGCGUUUAGAAAUCAUCUUUCUGACUCCGCCAGGAGAUGGUUUAGGUCCUUAAAACCAAACUCCAUAACCAGCUGGGAUGACUUGAAGAACGCCUUCCUAACUCAGUUCAUAGGUGUCAAAAAGUACAUCCCACUGAAGCAAAACCUUUCGAGGGUGUAUCAGGGACCAAAGGAGUCCCUAAAAGAUUGGAUAGCCCGAUUCGGAGAACAUGUGGCUGCCACUGAGGGGAUAUCCGACGAGGUAGCUCUGAUGGGGGCCAUAUCGAGCAUGAAGAAGGACAUUCCGUAUAGUACAGACCUCGACUGGAGGCCACCCCAGACCUACGAAGAAUUCCUAGUAAGGGCCCAGGGAUUCAUUAACGCAGAGGCGGCCAAAAAUGCCUUAAAGAGCAAGGUGGUGGCCCUCACCAAAGAAGAAGCAAGACAGCCAAGCCACCAAAACAACAAUAAGAAGCGCCGAGGUAAUCCUCAGGUGCAAAUGGAGCAAAGGUAUAACUCGACCCCAAACAACAAGGGUGGCAACGUCUUGGCGAGGCAAGAGGAUACCAAGCGAGCCAAACCGUAA